AUGAACACCUACUACAGCCUCUUCAUUUUUUUCCUCGUCCAAAUUGCGCUAAAGUAUAGCAAGGCAGCUGUCACGGUAGACACAGUAUGCAAAAAUGGACAUCUUGCUCAAAUGAGUAACCACUUUAAGUGUAUAUGUAACGAAGGGCUGGUGCACCUUUCCGAAGAUACAUGUGAAGAAAAAAAUGAAUGUAAGGAAGAAACCCUAGACAAAACAUGUGGGGAAUUUGGCAAGUGUAUAAAAAUCACAGAAGAGGAACAGGAAAGCACGUACAAAUGUGAAUGCAUUGAGGCUAAGGGGCGCAAAUUUUUUGAGUUAAAAUACUUUUCUUUACUGAACUGA